AUGACAACCCUGGCCACCUUGCAGAUGGACUCCGACUCCAUGUUGGGUCUGAUGUUCAGUGGCAAGCUUCCCGUUCUUCGAGACGCCGAUGGCUGCUUCUUCAUCGACCGCGAUGGGAGGCAGUUCCACCACAUCCUCAACUACCUGAGAGAUGGUACCCUCCCUAUAGGCCUUUCCCGGGUGGAUCGCCUGGAGCUCCUCCGCGAGGCGGACUUCUAUGGGCUGAAGGCGCUCUACAGCUUCAUCGGUGGGCCCACAGUGCAGGCGGCCAUGAUGACGGGAGGUGGCACGGGCCUUUGGCUUCGAGGCCUCUGCCAUGACCUGGCGAAGGCGGAAGCAGCAGACUUCUCGGUGAACAGCCGGAGCCAUCGAGUCUAUGCGCGCUUGCGCUAUGGCCAAGAGUACAGUGGCGACUGGAUCGUGUCCUCCCCGAGGAACCUGCCACAUGUGCAGUACGAACUCUACGAUGCCUGCCUGGCGCGCGACCCCAUCACCGCGCUGAACAAGAUGGGUGCCGCAGGCUUCCGACCUUGCGUGGAGCCGCCCACUGUGCCCGCGAGCACCUCGUGCCAAAACGACGACUGGGAGAUCAUGCUGUACAAG